GGACACUGAGUGACCAUGACCUUGGACUGCUUACUCAUGGAAGAGACGGACAUAGACGUGGAGGGACAGACAGACGGCUGUAGUGAAGAUGUGAGGAGCACAUAUUUGUCACUGUUAGAUAAGACGAAUUCAGACUUGGAGCAAACUUCAUCCUUCGCUCCUGAAGUGCGGGAGGUGGGAGACCUCGCUGUCCGGCUGCAGGAUGGUCCAGGCAAGAGAACCGCCUCGGUGAAGCCUCCGUACUCGUACAUCGCUCUUAUCACCAUGGCCAUCCUCCAGAGCCCGAAAAAGAGACUGACCCUCAGUGAGAUAUGUGACUUUAUCAGCCAGCGCUUUGUGUAUUAUCGGGAGAAGUUCCCUGCGUGGCAAAACUCAAUCCGUCACAACUUGUCUCUAAAUGACUGCUUUGUCAAAAUGCCCCGGGAGCCUGGGAAUCCCGGGAAGGGAAAUUAUUGGACCUUGGAUCCCAUGUCGGCUGAUAUGUUUGAAAACGGGAGUUUUCUUCGGCGGAGGAAACGCUUCAAGAGGCAACAUUUUUAUUUGGAAACGCUGAAGGACUCCAGGGCGCAGGAGCGCAGCCUGAUGCCUGUUUGUCCUCUCCUCGGAGCGCACAGGAUGGCCCCGUGUCUUCAGGGUCCUGAUGUGUGCUGCGAUCUGGGCUCAGGAAGCCGUUUAAGUUCCCACACUAGUUCCGACAUCCCACCUGUACGCAGCAUCAUACCUGCGCUCUCCUCGCUCCUCUCCAAGAAUUUUCCCUCUUGUUUAACCUUUGAACAUUUCGACCCGGGUCGCUGCGUCGUUGUCCCCCCUUUGGCUCCAAACUCCUCGUUCAUGCCCCCGGUGUCGCUGCACGGAAUGAUAGGCCUACCCAGGUAUCCUGUUCUUCAGCUGUCCAAUUUUCCUACCGGGGUCAUUAAAAUUUCGUCUAAUUUAAUUUAA